GAGAGAGAGAGAGAGAGAUAGUGGCAAUUUCUGCAUAACUGGCUUCAGUGUGUUGUCAGCUGUGAUCGAGGAACAUUGUGGCAUCUUCCACCUUUGAGGCUGGAGAUUUUCAACGCGACGCAACCACUAAAAAAAUGGCGACGCUGAAUCUACUCGCCCUAAUCCUGACCCUAUCUCUCGAGGUCAUGGGUCAACCCGUAAAGAUGGCACCUCUGUCCCCCAUGCCAUUGGCCCACGAAACCAAGAUGGACCAGUUGGGUAAAUACAUAGUGAAAUGGACACCACAGGUCGCAGAUAUCAUCUUUGAAAUCAGCGUAGCUACCACAGGUUUUAUUGGCUUUGGAUUUUUAACCAACGGUGGAAUGCGAGGAUCUGAUAUCAUUGUUGGCGGAGUGGAUGAUUUAACUGGAGAGGUCUAUUUAACAGAUCGCCACGAAACUCGAAACCCGGUUCCAGAGAUUGAUUCAUCCCAGGACGUCCAGCUUUUGGGAGGAUUCCAGAAUGAGACUCACACAACCCUCAGGUUUUCUCGUCCUUGGUACACCUCUGAUAGCAACGGGGAUUUAAAGCUGAAUAAAGAAGACACAGUCUGCCUCAUUUGGGCCUAUGGAGAUUCAGACUUCGUGGAAGGAGAUCCUAUGACCAUCAAUUACCAUUCUCAAAUGGGAAGGAAAAGUAUUUACCUGAACAAACCGCAUCUUCGAAUCCCUGAUAUGGGAGAGGGCGUGAAGACUUUGGAACUAAGGUCACCCAAGAAUCAGGAUGAGGUAACGAUAACCUAUCCAGAAUACACACCACGACCGGCUCCAGAAAAUAAGAUGUGUCAGCGAGAUGAGGAUAAAAAAUGAUAUGAUUCGCGGGUGUGACGAUAAUCAUUGGCCCAACAGCUGUUUAGGAGAUUAGACAAGUUUUCAAGUUUAUUUUAACAAUGUAAUCCUCAUUGCAAAUGUAAUUUCCUGCAGUUAUUAUAUCUUCAAAAUAUAACCCUUAUUGAGGAUCGAAUAUCUUUCAGGUACUAUAUUAUAUUCAUAUGUAACCCUUAUUGAGAAUCAAGUACCCUGCAGUUAUUAUAUUACAUUCAAUAUGUAACCCUUAUUGAGAAUCAAGUACCCUGCAGUUAUUAUAUUCUAUUCAAUAUGUAGCCAUUAUUGAGAAUCAAGUACCCUGCAGUUAUUAUAUUAUCGUCAAUAUGUAACCCUUAUUGGGAAUUGAAUUCAAUAUGUAACCCUUAUUGAGAAUCAAGUACCCUAUUAUAUUCAAUAUGUAACCCUUAUUUGGAAUAGAAUUUACUGCAGUUAUUAUAUCAAUUUCAAUGUGUCAAUGUUCUAAAGAUUCUGAAGUGGUUGUUCUUAUGGUGUUAGAAAUUAACUGUUUGAAAAUUGACUUAAAUCUGACAGUAAUA